UGUUUUUUUAAAUUUUCUUUCUUCUUUCUACAUUCAUAUGCAACAACAAUUAGUGACUCGGUCAGAAUGGAAAUACAACAUGUUGUAUAUUAUAACAUGGUAUUCUUUAUCCACUAUGCUAUCUAUCUAUAAUAAGACAAUUAUGGCAAAAGACCAUCUCAACUUACCUCUAUUCAUGAGUGCAACCCAUGCAGGCAUUCAUACUUUAAUUACAAGAAUCUUGAUAGACAAACAUCAAUUAGAACAAUAUUCUUUAAGGGACUAUAUGACCAAAAUAGUACCUUGUGGCAUGGCUGCAGCCUUAGAGAUAUGUUGCGGCAAUGCCUCGCUUGUGCUCAUUACGCUUUCUUUUUAUACCAUGAUCAAAUCAAGCACACCUGUUUGGGUAUUAGCAUUUUCUUUUGUGUUUGGUUUUGAAAAGCUUAAAUUGAAUCUUAUCGGUAUUAUUUCUGUGAUUGUGUUUGGUGUCUGCCUGACGAUUGAUGGUGAACCUGAUUUUGAUCUUCAAGGAUGCGUACUUGUGCUUUUUGCUGCUAUUGCCUCUGGACUUCGAUGGAAUAUGACUCAAUACAUGAUGAGAACAACAAAAAAGACAGGGCCUAUGGAUACAAUGUACCGAACAAGUCCUGUCAUGUUUGUUACUAUGUUGUUGCUCAGUUUAUAUAUUGAGCAGCCAUUUUAUGUCUAUACAUCGUUUAAACAAGGUGUUGUCUCCUUGUGUAUCAUGUCUAUAGGGGGCAUUUUAGCAUUUGUGAUGACAUUAGCCGAACUUUAUUUGAUCAAAGGCACAAGUACGGUGACACUAAGUGUGGCAGGAAUAAGCAAAGAAAUUGUUGUGAUUGGCUUGUCUGUCUUGAUCUAUGGCGAUGUCUUAACUCUUAAAACGUAUAUGGGAUUGUUUAUUUCAAUUCUCGGUAUUAUAGGCUAUAACUAUUAUAAAUAUUCACAAAUCAUGAUGGAGAAAAACAAGUAGUUUGAGUGGUGUCUAUAUUAAGAUACAAUAAUAAGUUUUUUUUUUUUUUUUUU